UGCUCUGUGCCCAUACUGUUCUGUGUCUGUGCCAUUAGCCCUAAAAUAACCUAAAAAAAAAGAAAUCUCCUGAAAUCUCACAUUAACUUUAAAAUUCUGAUUAGUGAUUUCUGAAUGCAGUAGGUACCUACUUUAUUUAAAAUUUUGAAAUUUCAGUUGCUUUUAAUUCUUUUGGGGCUAAAUUAUUGGAAGUUCAAACUGGUGGUAUAGAACAUAAUAAUUAUAUACAGUUUCUGUACCUUUUCACCACGUUAUUUUUUUCAGAAAAUGGUGGACACUAAAAAGUUUUCUAGUACAACAACUUUUUGUGUUAAAUGUGGCUCAAUACUGCCUCUAUUGCAAGAAUUUGGAUCGGUGAAAUGUUAUGCUUGUAAAGCCAUUUAUGAUGUUGAAAAUUUCAACAACAUAAAGUACAACUACACAAUACAUUUUAACACAGUGUCUGUAUUGACGAAUGAGAAUAUACUCAACUUGGACAACCCUGAAGGGCCAGUGGUGGAAAGAAAGUGUCCUAAGUGUGGGUGUGAUAGGAUGUCAUAUGCAACGCUACAAUUGAGAUCGGCUGAUGAAGGACAAACUGUGUUUUAUACUUGUGUUUCUUGCAAAUACAAGGAAACAGAAAACUCCUAAUACCUUGAUGAAUAAGUUAAGUAGGUUAUGUUUUGUUAUUUUAUUCCUAAGAAGAAAUAUAGUUAUUUUUACUGUA